AUGUCACCGGAAAAUGGUUCAAACUUGCUGGAAUCCGAUGCAGCCAACGUUAGUUUCAAGGAGACAGAGUUGACCUUAGGGAUGCCCGGUGAGUCUCGUGGGCUAACAUUAGUAGAGAAAGCAAGUGGCAAGCGUGGAUUUUUGGAGACUGUUGAUCUAAAUCUUGGAAGGUCGUCUAAUGUUGAUUAUGAUCGUAACAAAGAUUCCGGGGAGUCCGAAACUGAUGUGUCAAGCGUGGCCAAACCUCCGGCAGCAAAGUCACAAGUGGUGGGGUGGCCACCGGUGAGGGCGUAUAGAAAGAACGCAAUGAAGAGCUGUAAAUACGUAAAGGUGGCUGUAGAUGGAGCUCCAUAUCUGAGAAAGGUUGACCUUGAGAUGUACAACAGCUAUCAGCAGCUCUUGAAUGCCCUAGAGGACCUGUUCUCAUGCUUCAGCUUCACUAUACGCAAUUAUUUGACUGAGAGGAAAAUUACGGAUCAGGAAGUGAAUAAUAGCGGAGUAGAAUAUGUACCCACUUAUGAGGACAGGGACGGUGACUGGAUGAUGUUGGGGGAUGUACCAUGGAAAAUGUUUGUUGAAUCAUGCAAGCGAUUGCGGUUGAUGAAAAGCUCAGAGGCAACUGGAUUAGCUCCGAGGACAGCUUCAAAAUGCUCAAGCUCGAGUUGA